CCAGUAUGUUUCUGAACAAGUAGAGAAACAUUAGCCAUUAGGCUGCUGCGUUGCAGUGCGAGAGUGCCGAGAGAUGGUGACAAUAAUAUCUUGUUCAGCGGCUCCUCCAUCAAGCGUGUGUGGGUCGCUCAGCCUCUCCUCCUCCGGGUUGCUUCCAACUCGGUCGACUCAGCUUUCAUGGGUUUCUUCCUUUCCUCUGAUUAACAUCUCCAUAGCAGACCCUCCCGCUCCCGCACUGAGCAGGAAUUCUGUUGUUCGAGCUGCAUGGACCCGGAGAUCUCGAGGUGAAGCUGCAAAGAAGCCUAACAGGAAAUCCUGGAAACAGAAGACUGAUAUGUAUAUGAGGCCAUUCUUACUAAAUGUUUUCUUUUCGAAAAAAUUUAUCCACGCAAAAGUAAUGCAUCGGGGAACCAGCAAAGUGAUAUCAGUUGCUACCACCAAUGCCAAGGAUCUUCGGAGCAACUUACCUUCACUCACAGAUCACAACGCGUGCAGAGUUAUAGGGCGGCUUAUUGCUGAGCGGUCCAAGGAAGCUGAUGUAUAUGCAUUGUCUUAUGAGGCCCGAAAAGGUGAACGGAUUGAAGGUAAGCUUGGGAUUGUUCUUGAUACCAUUAAAGAGAACGGGAUCAUGUUUGUUUAGAGAUAUAAGUUUAUAUUCUUUCAGCCAUGUUAACUGCAGAAGAAACUAAGAUGUAGAAUGUUUAUCGUUUGACCAACAAAUGGAUAUCUCACAAAUUUGUUUGUGUCAA